AUGCUCCUGUUAUUACUUCUAAGCUGCAUAUUUUAUGGAGCAACAGCUCAACAAAGUGCUUCCAUUAUUGAAAAAGUUUCUUCGCUCAUUACAACUAGCAACUCAUAUUGGUCAUCAGAUUCUGGCCAUUUUGCCUUUGGCUUUUAUCAACAAGGAGAUGGCUUUGCUUUAGGCAUCUGGAUGCCAAGAAUCCAGCAGAAAACUGUCAUAUGGACGGCAAAUCUUAAUGACCCGCCACUUCCAAGUGAUGUGACCUUGACCUUGAAUACUGAUGAAUCAAAGAUCAUUCGGCAGACUUUUGCUUCUCCAACAGACAAUAUUGUAUCAGAACAGCGCCUUUUGGCAGGGCAAAAACUGGUGUCUAGCACCUCCAACACAAAUCAGUCAAGUGGAGGAUUUGAACUCAAUAUGCAAACAGAUGGAAAUCUGGUGAUGUAUCCUGCAGUACUAUUUGCAAGAGUGGCAGCUUAUGCAUAUUGGUCUACAGCAACAUAUACCGCUGGAAAUAAUGUGAGUUUGAAUCUCGAUAGCAAUGGUCAGUUAUACCUGCUAAAUUCUACUGGCUUUACUAUAAAGACUCUGAAAGAGAGGGCAAUUAUAUCUGGUAACCCAAUCUACCGUGGAACUAUUGAUGAAGAUGGAAUAUUCAGGCUGUAUUUACAUAAUCUGGAUCAAAACAGUAAUUGGUCCGUUGAGUGGUCUUCAUCUUCCAAGUGUGAUCCGAUUAACUUGUGUGGCCUGAAUUCAUAUUGUACUCUUGUGGAUCAGGAUUCUGCAUGUAUUUGUCUUCCUGGUUUCGAAUUUGUUGACCAGGGCCAAGAGAAUCUGGGCUGCAAGAGGAAUUCCACUCUAGAUGAUUGCAUAAGCUUCAGAGAAAGUAAUAUUACCAUGCAAGAACUGACGAGCAUAUCAUGGGAAGAUGACCCUUACUAUAUACUCGAAUCCAGUACAAGCAUUGCAUGCAGAGAUGAGCGUUUAGGAGACUGCUAA